AUGUAUCCACGAACGAAACGACCAGGUCGACCGCAAAGUAGCUUCGAUGAGAGCAGUGUUCCACAAUCAGCACCACUGAAACUCUACUCGAAGUACGUGCCGAAAUCGAAUCGUUCGAUGAUCAUAAAUGCAUUGCAGUACUCCGUAUUUCCUGGUAGUGUUUGGGAGAAGCAACGCGCUGAUGUGCUUGGUGAGCUGGCAAAAAGUGACAGCAAACAUUUUUUGUUACUAUUCCGGGACCAGAAAUGCCGUUAUUUGGGUGCAUAUAGUUGGGAUCAGCAGUCGGACACGGCUCAUCGUAUCCACGGACGUGGUCCAAAUAUCUGCCAUGAAUCGAUGAUGCAUCUCAUGUUCAAGUACGUAUUAAUUUUUGAAGCAAAUUCUGCUGGUGAAUUUAAUUUUUUUUGA